UUUUAUUGUGAAAGUGAGCUUUUGUCAUUCUGGUUAGUGUGACGCUUGUGUUUAGUCACAGGAGGUGUGCCACCAUCACGCAGUGAACAGUGCAUAAGGAAGACCUACAUUUAAACACCGAAGAAUUUGGGAAACACAAAUCGUGUAAUUCGUUUAUUGUUCAGAUCUUUCCAUUCCGGGGACUUUUAACGCUAUCUGGUAUGGCCGAGCCUGCUGAGCUGCUGAUGAUCAGGGAUCAGUAUGAGGUGGCCUUUCAUUCUGUGAGUCGUGGCCUGACUGCCGAAGAGGCUGGCAGAAAGGAUGAAGCCAUGGAGUGUUACAGAAAAGGGCAACAGCACCUCAAACAAGGAGUAGAAGUUCCUACAGGAGGAGAGAGGCAGCAGGGAGCCGCCUGGGACACAGCCAGGCAGUUGCAGCAGAAGAUGAGAGAUGCUCUAAACAAGGUCAGCGCCCAUCUGUCUGACAUGGAGACCUCUGAGGUGAAAGCAGGAGGCCAGAGGCUGCUGCUGGGUCUUCCUUCAAAUUUUUCUACCAACCCGGCAGCAGGCAGUCAAGCUCCUCAUAGCUACCUCCACCGUUUGUACCCCGCCGUCCCAAACGCAGCCCCUCCUCCUAAUCACACACCCCCUGCCAGACCUCCUCCUCCUGUUCCUGUUUCAACCACACACAAGCCCGCUGAAGCAGCUCCAGGAACUAUGUCCAAGCCUGCAGACCAUCCUCCAGUCUAUACGCCACAGGCCACAGAUGGCCACCGCAACCUGGCGUCAGGACACCAGGGAGCAGUUGGAACUGAGCUGCUUUUCAUACCCUCUGGGGUACAGAUGUUUUUCGUGGCACCAAACGGGCAGGUCAGCUCCCUGUUUCAUCCGAGUUACCUUUGCAUCAUCACCUUUGACGAUCAGCACAAUGGUAGACCCUCGUCCUUUCUGCAUGUUUGUAACUGGAUGUACCCGCUGACGGCAGACACCCCGGUCCUGUUGGCAAACUCUGGGAUCUUCAUGUUUCCUGACACCUUGGCACAGACUUCGGGGUCCUACAUGGGCAUCGUGCUGUCAUCCAGACUGCCUCCCAGGACACGAGACAUGUUUGAGGACCUCCUGUCACAACUGACUGAACUCAGGAUCCAGGGUCCAACAGGGGAGUUGGACUCACAGAUCAUCAACCUCAGUGAGAAAGUCCCCCUCGGCCCUCCACUAGAUCAAACGGGAAUGGCAGUGCCAGUAGGAGAGAAGGAAAAAUUACUUCCAGGAUGGAGUGAGAAGAUGGCCCAGGGCAUCUUGACAGGAACUACACGGUUAAGUGAAAGCUUCAUUAAAGGAGCAGAGGCCACUGGCAGGGCCGUUCAUAGAAGCGGGUAUAAGAUCCGGGACCACAUCACACCUGAGGAGACACCUUCAGAGGUCAGCCCCAGAGUCACCAAAGGUUUGGAGGUAGCCAAAGUAGCCACUGGGGGUGCUGUGUGCUUCAGCCGGUUCUUAGUGAAUGGAAUGAGUGCAAUUAUGGAACGGGUAACAGACAGUGUGGCACCCCAUGUGAAAAAACAUGGCUCAAAACUCAUCCCAGAGUCUAUAAAGAAGACCAAAGAUGGCAAACCUUCCACCGUGGAUGGGGUCAAGCAUGUAGCAGCCACCAGUGUGCACGGAUUCUCCAGUGUUUGGUCGAGUCUGGAAACAGGAGCAAAGCUUGUUGGGAAAAGUGUAUCAGCAGAGACGGUCACAACUGUGAAAUACAAGUAUGGUGAUGAUGCAGGUGAAGCCACUGACACUGCACUCCAGUCAGUUGUCAAUAUUGGUUUGACUGCAUACAACACUGACAACCUGGGCUUGAAAGCCAUCCUGAAGACAGCAGGGAAGCAGACAACCAAGGUCAUGGACAAAGACCAGAAUGCACCACCAGAAGGAACUCAGAAGAACCAGAUCCAGAACCAAGGACAGCAAGCAGUGACCACUCAGAAUGACGUGCAGGAGAAAGAAGAAAAAAAAUAAAUGUCAGCAUCAAUCAUUAUUAUGAAGAAAGAUUAAAAAUUACUGUAUUGAUUAAUCAUAAAAUAGACCAUUACAUUUUUGGUGAGGCUCUGCACACAGGCGUUAAAUCAGCAUUUUCAUCACUUUUGUCAAGUCUUAACAUUUUUUGCUUAUGAUGUAAUAAAGGUACAUUUGGG